AUGGAAUUUGUCGGCCCGUCCUACCCGCCCCCCGGAAUUUCUUGUGGGUCGGCUGAAUUCGCAACAUCGCAAGAUAUCCGUCCGAGAAUAAUCAGGCCAGACCCGCGGCCCCACACGGGCCGAGUCGGAAGGUGUGGGUCCCCGGCGACACCCACCUGCGCCCGGGCUCAGGGGUCUUCCCGUCUCCAAGGAGACUAUGGAACAAAGGGUCGACGGCUGCGCAACAACCAGCAAAAUGUCAACACACUCAACACCGCCAUAACCGCAACGGGAUUUCUGGGCUGCGCCUGGUGGGCCGACACGGUUGGAUCAACGUUCCUUCACACUGUCCCGGUAGCUCUCUCAACCGGCCCGGGGCCGCAGUACGCCCUUCGCGCCCGGGACAAAGUCUACACCCGCGGCGCAGCUACCGGUCGCACACUGGAACUGGCCACGCUCGUCUCACUCGGCUUCGUUGCGUAUCGUCAAUACCAGGAGCACGAGCCGUUGAGGGCUCUGCUUUUCGCUGGUGCCUCAAGUACCUUGAUCUUCACAGUGCCGACAAACAAUGCGCUUCUGACCACUACGACAGGUGCUGUUACGAUUACCUGA